AUGAGUCAACAGUACCAACAAAAUAGGACACCUGGUGGUGGUGGUUCUGUAAAGAGAGCGAGAGAGAGGGUGCAGGCGGGAUUGCCACAAGAUAUGUCACGGAUACCGCAACCACAACAAACAUAUGACCCAUCGAGAGUCGCGCCAUCGAGUCGAACGAAAAGGCCUAUGCCACAAGCACUUGCGACGACACGAGCUGCCCAGGGCCCAAUUGGAGUGGCAAUUUCUAGACCGACCCAGGUACCGCAAUGGCCACUAUCAGGUACCAUCGAAGGAUCAGAUAAUUCGAGUAACGAACAAUACCAACCACCAGCCGGCCGGGGCCCAGCACCCCAACGACCGCCACGCCCAAGCCAUGUGCCAUCCAUGUUGGACGCAUCGCGAUUACAGGAACACACCCCUAGUUUUCAGUACAAGCCACAACAAAAUUUGUCAGAACAGAAUCAAAACCAGUGGAGAGGCGUAGCUACAACGGACGACUUCGAUUUGAGGUCGCCGGAUUUAAUGUCGCCCGCGACCCAAUCAUCACGGCAUUCAACAGUAUCGUCUGUUGGAUCAAUACCAGAUUUCCCUGUACCAAUUAUUGGACCUCCAAGAAGAAGUGCUCAUCUUGGACCGCCACCUAGUUCUAGAAGAGGAGCAUCAUCUUAUUACUCUCAAGCGUCUUUUGUGUCUCCAAUUCCUGAAGAAAGUCCUAGGUCACGGACUACACAUCGAUCGUAUGCGUCCAGCGCUGCAAUUCCAUCCACCUGGGGAUCUGAGUACGAAUAUGAGGACGAAACCCCAGAUGAGACGUACGAAAGAGAUGGGUAUGAGCACGAUAUAAUUGAUGAGCGAGGCGAAUCUAGAGGUUCCAACAACGAUGAUGGGGAUGAGAGGGGGUUAAUACGAAGCGCGAGUAUCGGAAAGCGAGCAAAACCUUCUAUGAUCAUGAACAAAAGCUCAGAAAGUAGUGAGCAGGUACGACCAGCGGUCACACCCAUACAGUCUUCGAAAACAGAGCGCGUAGGAGCUUUCAAUUUUCCGAUGCAGAAAUCAACAACUGAUGCAAAAGCCAAUGAAGGUCAGAGAGAUACGAUGUGGCCAGUUGGCGAAGGAUCUUCUACAUCCUCUGAACGUGAUAUCACCGUGCCCGUACGAGCAGUGAAUAGCUCUGUAUGGCCGACGAUUGGAAAUGUUUCCUCUCCGCUUGCUGGCGGGACCGGUCUCAUUGAUGCAUCAACUUCUUCAUCAGAAGCGACAGUACCUACUAUCGCAAGCACACCACAGUUCUUCGAGGACGUUUCGCCAAUGUCGAACUCGCCUGACCCGGAAGAAAAAGCAAGGGAAAUUCUCGGGGCUUAUAGAAGAGCCAGCAUGUUGCAACCUAGCGGAGCACCUGUAUCAAGAACCUCAAGUCCGAGCGCGUUUAGUAGAUUAUCGGCAAUGAGAAGACCGCCAAAGCUGGAUAUUAAUGCAGUCCGCGAUGCAGAAGCCAGAGGUAGUCUUACCAGUUUGCCGGAUUUGAUAUUAAGAGCAACCAGACUUGCUUCGAUGAUGGAUCGCGGCAAAAGGCCAGGCAGUAGAUUAAACGACCUCAACGAUUUUCCAAUGGACGAAAAGGCUUUUGAACGGGAUUUCGGCUCACCUGAUGAGAAACGUCGAUCUGGUCUUUCUGGUAUGCUGGCAGCAUUUCCACCACCAGGAAUUGCGACUCCACGCGACAACUCUCGUCCGCCUUCUGUAUGGCCCGAAGUUGAUAUGGGUAACAACCAGGGAAACUCGAAAGCGCCAAAGAAACAGCGCCGCUGCUGUGGUCUUCCAUGCUGGGGUUUUAUGAUCAUCAUUGUGAUAUUGCUUAUCAUCAUCGCUGCUGCUAUAGUCGUACCGCUCCAACUUUUGGUUUUUAAUAAACCGAAUGCGCCUGCUGCACCUCUUACCCCACAACAGCAAUGUGAAGCCAACACUGCAACGGCUUGUCAGAAUGGCGGUGCAACACUUCUUGACAAAGGCGCCUGUGCUUGUGUUUGCACCAACGGAUUUACUGGAGCGACAUGUAGCAUCUCGGGCGCAACUGGGUGUGCGACGACUAUCGUUGGUGGACUCAAUGGAACUAUCGGGGAAUCCGUUCCUCGUCUUAUUGCCGCUGCUCAAUCCAACUUCUCCAUACCUCUCAACCCCGGUAUCUUAUUAGCUCGCUUCAAUACUGCUAAUCUUUCGUGCACAUCGGAGAAUGCUUUGAUUACAUUCGAAGGACAGUCUCAACGUCGUGGCAAUGCUGACGAUGAGAUCUCCCUUGUGACUUCCUCAGCUUCAGCGACGCCAACACAGACGGGGCAAAAUAAUCGUCGCCAAGUAGCACCAACGGAGUCACCAUCAGCAGCAGUAACAAAUGGGAUCAUAUUUGAUUCUCAAACCGCUCCGACACCAGUACCAAGCUCAACUACUACUGCUUCGACACCAGAUGCAACUUCCAACUUCGUCGCUACUCAAGAGAUACUCGAUUUCGCACGAGUCGCAGUCUUAUACGUAAUGCAAGAGAAGCAGCUAGACAGCGCCGUGAACGCACAAACGUUCAUCCAAGCAUUCCUCGACACAACAGCUUUCACCAAUCGAGCCGCCAUGAACGUCAGUAUCGGCAACGGGAACACAAUCAACCUAAUCGGAUUGUCCCUUGAUUUAGCAGACGGCAAGGGCCUCAUAGGCUCCAACACUACCACGGCCACCACCACACCCCGCCGCUCCGUCCGUCGAAAAAAUCGCGUCUUAUGGGGUUCCGUCUUUCGAUGA